AAAUAUAGAAAAACCCUUUUUUUAUUGCUCUAAAGUUUAUAAAACGGAGGAAUACUGCUAUAAUUACCACCGUUGUGGAUUAGAUUUCCGAAUAUUUUCGUUAUGUAACGAACGAAUGGUUAUGACAGCAAUUUAUUCUGACAUAUUGAGUUAUUGACAAUUAGCAAUUAGUGACAAUUUAGGAUGAAUAUGUAAUAAAUGGAUCUGUAUUUUCUGGCACAAAACUUAUAAAAUCAAUUGCAUUUUCAAAAGAUCGUUGGCUGAACCCACUGUUUCAUCUCUUUCAAUUAAUUAACCAUCUUAAGCAUUUAUUUUCUUUGUCCUUCGAUAUCUAAGUACUGAAGUGAAAUUAAUUGUGUUGAAAAGUUGCAAAUACUCAUUGACAAGUGAUAACAGUUUUAUUAGUCAUCAACGUAUGUUGAUUUUAAAAGUAAAAGGCUGGCAAUAGGGAUAUCGCUCAUUUAUGAAUAUGGCCAAGAAUCCCCAGGAAGUGGUUUUCGAGGGGUGGCUUACAAAAUCACCCCCAACUAAACGAAUAUGGAGAGCUAAAUGGAGACGUCGUUGGUUCUUGUUAACACAUUCUGGUGAACUCCCAGGUCAAUACAUCUUAAACUAUUACACAGAUAGAAACUGCAGAAAACUGAAAGGAGUGAUAGACUUGGAUCAUUGUGAACAGGUAGAUCUAGGCCUCAAAUUGGAUGAAAGGAAGCUGAAAUUUGAUCAUGUAUUUGAUAUAAAAACUCCAACACGUACUUACUAUUUGGCUGCAGAUACUGAAAAUGAAAUGAGGUCUUGGGUAAACUGCAUUUGUAGAGUGUGUGGAUUGAAGUCUACUAGUGAGGAAGAAGAUGGUGGUUGUCCUCCAGAGAUUGAGAUUAUUGAAAAUGAACCAGAAAUUCAAAGAUUAACAUCUUUAAAUAAUUAUAAUGCUACUCCUCCUAUUUCUCCAGUUAGUACUAGCCCCUAUAUACCAAUAUCUGAGUGUAUUACAGGAAAAUCACCUGUAUUUGAUCCUAAGGAUUUCAAAACACUUCUGGAACACAACAUAAAACAUUCUUACUUCAGAACAGAAAAGAACAGAGGUCACAACAAUGAAAGCUAUGAACUUCCUCAACAUAACUAUUUGAACUGUAUGAAUGUUAGUGAUCCAAGAUUCUACGAUUGUCCAAGGAAACUAGUGCCAUCUGCACUACCUACAAAAGUAGCCCAUGAGAAGGAUAAUUCACCACUACAGAGUCCUACAGACUCUGAUAGUGUUUUUAAUGAUGAAGAAUGGAGUCAGAAUGCAUCAGAUUUGAGUACUUCACGUAAUACGAAGCCAUCAGAUGGAUCUGCAGAUGUAGACUUAACUGCAUUGUCUAAGAAAAACAAUAAACCUGAAACCUCAGAAGUACCCAUUGGUCCGCCACCUAGACCACCUAAGCCUCCACAUAUCCUUAACCUCACACCUACCAAAACUAGUAAAGAUAUGGAAGAGGAGACUUCAAAGAGUAAAGAAUCUCAAAAGAAAGUACUGACAGACGAUAUGUACGAUUUUCCGCGAUCGCAUCAUAUUGAAAGCGAGGCCACCCUGCACAGAAAGCAUUGUUACAACAAUGCUGCACCUGUGAGUUAUGGGGAGGGUACUAUUUUUAGAUAUGACAUAUCACCCAAACCUAGUACCAGUACUGGUAUGGUGUUUCAGUACGAUUUAGAGGCAACCGAACUUGUGUUACAAGAUGAACCGGCGUCACCUGCGACCAGUGCCCAUUCGCGUACCUCGUCUACGCACGCGUAUUCAAACCUACCAAGUCCUCAACUUAUGCCUCCACCAGCCGUCAAUAGGGAGUUGAAACCGAGACGUAAGCUGAGUGAUUCUCAAUCAAGUGCUGAGCCUCCAUCACCAAGAGGAGCACCUUGCGUUCUGAGGCAGUUGAAGCCGACAACACCUCUGCAGGAAGUACAUUCGCGCAAAAACUUCGUUACGGACGAGGAGCCCCGGAAGGUUCGCGCAGCUCCCAGUCCCACACCACCCAACUUGGGACGAUCUCAGGACAGUCUUUUGUCCCAAAAUGGAAACGAGCAAAUCUACCACUACCUCGCUGGCAAAAUGCAGUACCUGGACCUCGACCUAGAGGGAUCAAACGCAGGUGGAAGCAAUGCAGGGCCAACGGUUGCAAAGACUGCACCUGUCAAGCAACAGGAGGACACUGUGUAUAAGAAAGUGGACUUCGAGAAGACUCACGCUUUCAAUGUCACGAGAAGCGAUUUGGAGAAGCUCAGGCAGGAGCCGGUCACGUCUUUCAAGAAAUGAGACUGGCAGAUAUACAGACAGUCAACAAUAUAUAAGUGCAAUCUACUCCCAUAACCAAUCGAGAUACUCAGACGUGUACCAAUAUUGAACAAACUUGGGUUUUUCACUGACCCAACAUCAAACAACUUUGAAAUCAGAAGUAAUUAUAGGUUUUAUCUAUUGAAGUUGAGGCACGAAAAAGUAUUAUAUAUUUUUUUAUAGGUUGCUUACUAAUUCUCACCUUAUAAGGCUGGAAUGCUUGCGUUUCUCUAACUUCAGCUUAUUUAAGUUGUAGUUUAGCAAGUGUAUGAAGCGUUCUAUGAUUACUGAGUGCAAUUUUCCAUAAAUGUAUAGUUUUUUAUGAAUACUUGACCGUUUUUUAUGAAUUUUUACACCAUUUUUAUCUUUUUUGUGUUUACAUAAAUAGUAUGUAUAAAGUGGCACUUGUCCAUAUCAUAACUGGUUGUAUUUUGAAUUAGACAAAAGACAAUCAGUUGAUAGUAUUUGUGAUAUAAAAGUUCAAUAUCAUCUUAAUAUAUUUAAUGUAUAUGAAGGGUAUAAUUUGUAGCAAUAUCUAAAAAUAUGUGCAAGCUUUAUCUUCAAUAUGACAUAUAAAGGGUAUCGUAAUAGGUGCUUAGGGAUCCAAAUUUAGAGCCAUUUCUGUUUAGCAAUCGCUUGACUGGGCUUAGAAAUAUACUUGUGCAUGUGUUAUUUGGAGAUCCAGGAAAUUACAAAACAAUUAUCAAUCAUUUUAAGACGGAAGAACGUCUAGGAAUUGUGCGAAGGUUCUACGAAAAUUCAAUUUCACUUUUUCAUGAAAAACUAUCUUGGAACAGUAAAUCUUCACUGUGGGUAUUCCACCAACAAUAUAUUCUUUUGGCAACGUGUGACGAGGAAAACUUUGGAAUUGUCACAGUCACGUUUUCCUGGUGUCUACGUGAUGUCCGACGGGCUGUGAGAUCAUGCAACCUUGAAAGUAGUGAAAAAUUGAGCCACAGUCGAGACAAAAAGUUACCGAAAAUUUUAGUCGACGAAUAGUCAUCUGCAGAAACAGGAGAAUAUUAUUUAUAAAACAUAACUCCCAUAAACUAGUAAUAUAGCUAUCGUUCGUCCGUCCACAAACAGCUGUUUCUUGAUAUUUGGCAACUCUCCAGGAUGGUGUAGUGCCAUCUAUUCUAGAUUCGACCACUGCGAAAGUGAAAAGAGCAAGAUGAUUGUUGGAAGUGUAUACCAGUCCACAUUUUCACCGCUGUGGCCGCUAGAUGCCGCCGGUUCUGGUGCUGCAGUACAUACGGUCUACUGGCCAUUGAACACAGUAGUAAUAUAGCUAAUAUACAGUAGCGGAAAAAAGUUGGAGACAUUUUUAAUAAUUUUUAAAAAGUGCGCUUAGUUUUUAUUCUUUAUUAUUACGGACUAUUAUCUAUAGGUAGCUUACAGUCUUGAAGAUACAAAUGACAAUUUGUGUUUGCUGUGGUACUACAGACUAGCUUUAAAAUACCUUCAUAUUAUCUCAUGAACAAAAAUGAGACGACAGAAGUAUGGGAACAUAUUUUAUAUUACAAAAUUAAAUACAACAACGCUACAAAAGAUUUAAAAAAUACUGUUUAGCUAAUAUUGGGUAGCAUAGCCUUUAGCAUUCAACACUGCCUGACAUCUGCUGCUCAUACCACACCAAUUUUUUACAGACGUCUGUUGGAAUAUUCUGCCAAAUAUGUUUUACAUGAUCAAAUAAAUCGUUACUAUUUUUAAAAAUUUUUCUUGGCAGUUGUCUUUUAACAUGCUCCCAGAGAUGUUCUAUAGGGUUUUUGUCCGGGGAUUGCAUAGAUCAUGUAAGAACAUUAACAUUUCUUAGUCUUGACCAGUCCUUUACCAAUUUUGAGGUAUGCUUGGGGUCAUUAUCUUGCUGGAAUAUCCAUCGUAAUGGCAUUUUUUCUUCAACAGAGGGGAGCAUGUGUUCACUAAAAAUAUCUUUGUAAAGUUUUUGAUCCAUUUUCCCAACAAUUCAGCAAAUUCAAGCCGAGCAAUACGAUUUUUUUUUUAAAUGAGAGGCUUUUGCACUGGACGCCUACCAAAAAGCCUAAAAUCCACCAAGCGUCUCUGCACUGUUCUGACAGAAAGAUUCUCGGCACCCUUUUCUACGAUUAUUUUCAAAAUCUGUGUGCCUGACAUUUGAUGAUCUUCAUGGGAUAAACGUUUAAUCUAGCGAUCCAAAACAUAUAAUCGUUUUUUUUCGGUCUUCCUUAUUCACUAAUCAUUUUCGAAAUCGUCCCUUUGUUCGUUUUUAAUCUUUCAGAAAUGUAAAACAUUUCUGACAACACUUCUAAAUAAUUUAAUUAAUAUCUUACAUCUUUUGAAAAUUCUUCUACUUUUGCCAUUCUCACUGAUGUUAAUAAUAUCUACCGCACGCUAUUGCGUGUGCUGAUAUUUCAGAGUAUCACAAAACUAAUAAAUACGGCAAAACUGAAAUGUUUCCAUACUUUUGUCGUUACAAAAACUGUGGGAUUUAUAAAAACGCGUGUUUUUAUUUUCAGAGAAUUUGAAUAUUGAUAAGAUAAACCUUGUAGUAGUACGGGAACCAAAGGUAGACUUUAAUAUUUAUAUGAUCUGUUCCUUCACAAUUUUAAUUUAGGUAUAUGAAAUAGUUCAUAAUAAUGUUAAUAUUUCUUUCCAAACCUUUGUCCGCUACUGUAUACAUUGAUAUGUUUAUAUCAUUUUAUUAUUUUUCCAAAAUUGAUACAGUAGAACCCCGAUUAUCCGUGCUCCACGGGACCGAAGGUAGCACGGAUAAUUGAAAAGCACGGAUAAUCCGAACAUUUAUUUCAUAUAUACCUACCAUAAAAAGAUAACAGAAACAAAAAAUCCCAUAAGUUCAAACUAACUUUUAUAUUGUAUAAACACAAAAAAAACAGAUUUCUACAUAAAUAUUCUUUUACACUAAAUACAUACAUAAUAAAAAUAAAAAAAUCAAUAGGUAGGUUACCUUGCAUUUACCUAAAGCGAAUUGUAUUUAUUUUAAGUACAUAAUUAUGUUUUAGAAUAAAAGUUAGUCACUUUGGUCUGUGUCAAAAGUCUUCGAUUAUUUUUAAUCAUCUGACGUAUUUUGCGCAAGUUCAAAAUGUCUACAAGGUCCGAAGAUUCUUGUUGCUCCAAAUAGUCUAGUAGAACGUUGGCAGCUUCCUCAGCCUCCUGGUUAGUUACUCUUUUGAUUGAUACCGUUCCAUCAUUCUCUUUUUCUUGACUCUCAUUUUCGGAUGAAUCAGAUUGUGACGUACCGGGCUGAUUCAAAACUUGUUCGACAAUAUCAUCGUUGCUGAGGAUCUGAUAACCUGGCUCAUGUUUGUCACACUGUGCCCACCUCUCAACCUCGGUGUCAUCAAUGUCUUUAAAUUCAUCGGAGUUGCGCACUAAUGCAGCUAGUUCAGCUAUAGUAGUUUCUUCGUCUUCGGACUCCAUGAUCCUUUCAUCGUCCUCUAGCGUCAUUAUUUUAUGAAAAGCUCUUUUGAAAGUCAUUUCUUUCACUCCACUCCAUGCGUUUGCCACUGUAAAAAUUGCGUCUUUGAUCGUGAACGAUUUCCAAAACUUAAUCAGAUCAACUUCAUCCAACAAGUUCAUCAUAAGUUCUCUUCGGUAGAGCCGUUUCAUUGUCUCAAUAAUACCUUGAUCCAUUGGUUGAGCGAUUGAUGUAACAUUGGGUGGAAAAAAAAAGAACAAAGAAGUUUCCAUCAUCAGACCUUAGAGCUGCCUCAUUGGGAUGAGAACGAGCAUUAUCGAGAAGAAGAAGCGCCUUUUGUGGCAAUUUUUCUUUCUUCAGAUUAGACUUUAUUUCAGGAAUAAACUUUUUAUGGAACCAAUCUUGAAAGAUGUCACAAGUUAUCCAGGCAGCUUGCUGGUUAUAAUAAUGAACUGGGAGAUUAUCCGGUUUCAUGUUUUUAAAAGUCAGCUUUAGUUUAUGGGUGCCGGACGCAUUGGCACAACACAACACUGUUAACCGAUCUUUAAUUUUCUUAUAUCCCGGUGCACUCAUCUCAUUACUUGCAGCGAAGGUUUUUGUAGGUAUUGCUCGCCAGUAUAACCCUGUUUCGUCAGCGUUAUAAAUUUGAGAAGGUUGUAGAUUAUUUUCUUUAAUUAUGGUCUCCAGUUCAUAGCAAAAUUCCACCAUCGCUUCUCCGUCGGCACUAAGCUUUUCGCCUUGAAUGGUAAGCUCUCGAAUUCCGUGACGUUUUUUAAAUCGAUGCAGCCAACCACUGGAUGCAUUGAAAGGUUCUUGGAUUUUCAAGCGUUCGUGAAAAAUCUCCGCUUGCUUAGCGCACAUUGGACCAGAUAUUGGUACGCCCUCCGAUCUUUUCUGCAGAAACCACUUGGAAAGUGCUUCAUCGAGUUGUUGAUAAGUCGAUCCUUUCAAUGAUUUCCGUGCAGAUAUGUUCUUAAAAGAGUCAGACUGAGAUAUAAAAUUUCGUAGUUUCACUUGGUUUUUAGUGAUAUCGCGUAUUGUUUGCUUGCCAACAUCAUAGGUUCGUGAUAAUGAUGCGACACUGUCACCCUUUUCACUUUUUCUUAAAAUUUCUAGUUUCUGUUCAAUCGUUAAAACAUUUCUCUUACGUUUAACACUCGUUGCCAUUUUGAAAACAAAGUCACGUGUUAAGAAUAUAUUACAGCAGAGUAGCAACUUGUCUCGACUCUCAUCUCUAGCGCGUAACUAAACUAAAUUUCACACAUUCGGUGCAACACGCAGCGGCAAAUGAAAAUCGAAUGGGAAGAUGUUUACUUAGGUAACGAGACAGUGCUUUGUCAAAGGCAUACGUAGGGUUAUUAACCGCCGAUACUAUACGUAAUGGAUGCACGUGUUGUCUAUUCUGGUACAUAUUUAUAUAUUUAAAGCAGUCAUCAACCUCGAAGGCACCUUUUUCAUUCCAACUUUCGAUCAAUCUUUUCAUACCUUUUUUCAAUGCAGGUAAAGGACUUUUAUUGAGCAAUUUAUAAUAUUUAUUAUCACCUAGUGCGAUUUCCAUUUUCUGGAUGUACGCGUCUUUGUUAAUAAUCACCUCAAAAAUGCAAUUUGAAUAAUGGGAAAUCAUGGCACGGAUAAUCCGCGCACAGAUAAUCGAGGUUCUACUGUGAUUCUAUUUCACAAACAAUAUCCUGAAGUUUCUAUUGGACACCCUUUAAGACAAGAUAGUUGCUAACAUCUUACAGAAGAAAAAAAAGAAACUUGUCAUUUAUGUGAGUCAGAAAAAACUGCAUAAUGAGUAUUUCACUUUAAUUUGUCAGACCUUAAUGCAGUAUCCUUAAGUAAAAACAUCUUAAUUACUGAAUACAUAUUGAAGAUAAGUGCUUCACUAUUAUUUUGUAGUAGUUUUUAUAUCGAUAUUAAGGAGACUAUUAUUGUAGGGGCAUAUUCAAUCAACAUUAAUUACGUUUUCAUAACACAUAUCAGGAAGAGAAGCAAUGAUAGUUUAAAAAAAUCCAAAAAUACAUUUUUCUAUUAUCACAUGCUUGUAAUUAUUACCAUUGAGAUGGAUUAAAGGUUCUGAAAUAAAGAAAGAUGAAUCUUCAAGAAAGUAAAGUUCAUUUGGAAAUCCGGUAUUUUAAUAUUUUAUGGCAGAUUUUGUUGCUAGAAAUUUACCAUAUUUUUAUAUUGACAUGUUGCAAGCACAAUGAUUGAAAUGGAUGCCCAAAAAAUAAAGCUUUAAAUCAUACAAAGUGGCCAUCUGAUAUAUUUUUUAGAUAUGUUAUCACCAGCGGAUAUUCAAAUAGAGUUUGCCUUUCCCCAUAUUGCCCCACGGAACGCACAAAAAGUGUAGACGAUACUUUGAAAUUAUAUUGUGAAUUCAUACAUUUGAACUGAACUAAUUAAUGGUUUCAAUGUCACUACAUGGAAAAUAGUAGACCCAACUAUUUGAAUAUCGAGCGUCAAUCAUAUCGGCGGCCGAUACAUAUUUUUGCACCUAAACUCCCUUAAAAAUGUGAAUUCUAUUUGAAUAUACCCUAAGAAAGAUUUUUUAUCAAAUAAGGUAUAGUAUCUAAUUCAAAAAUUUUAAUUAUAUAUUUACAUACCGAAUAUAAAAAUAUGAAAGUGA